AUGCGACUGCAUUGUGCUUUUUCUCUGUUCGGACUUUUGAUCGUCUCGUUUGCACAAGAACCUGAUCCACCGGAUUGGGAUAUUGAAACUGCCUGUGAAAAUGUGAAGUGCCGUAACGGAGAGCGGUGCAAUGGAGGCAAGUGUGAAUGUGAGGACUCAUGUCAUCCGGAAUGGAACAGUCACGACAGAAAGCUAUGCGUCGAUGGAAACACAUAUAGACACGAAUGUGACCUUUGGCGCAAUCAGUGCUAUUGCCGUACAGGGGAUGCGCGAUGCGGUGCUGAGCCGUUCAAUAAUCACAGAGCUACCGACGAUUCUGUGAUCAGAUAUUUCGACGAAUGUAGAGAUGUGAGUUCAUUGUGCGACUGGCAACAGGAAAGUAGCACAUUUGCUUCCCGACUAGCUGCUUGGUUCCUAGAGCUGUUACGACAAAAGUGGUCCUCUGGAACAGUGUAUCAAGAUGAUACCAGCCUUCUUCGUCCCAUGGAUAGCAAAGCACGUGCAGCAACCUCGAAAUUGAUGUCACCAACCAGUAACAGGGUGGCAGGUGGAGUGAUCAGUUAUUGGUUCUGUGAAAUGGACCGGAAAAACAAAGGAAGCCUUGAUGAACGUGACCUGAGCCUGUUGUACCAACUACUACUUCCCUCAAACCCUUGCCUGGAGGUAUUCGUGAACCGAUGCAGCAAUGCUGGAAUGAUUACGUACGAUCAAUGGCACAAUUGCUUCGGCGUGGCGCAAGAUGAACGGAUUGAAUGUGGGCGAUUCAAAUGAAUAUACAAAGAAGCUGCCUAGAAAAUCUCAAAAUUGCCUGAUACGGAACAACCAACUGAAGAAAUGAA